AUGAGGACUCAUCAAAAUGCUCAACAUCCCUUCACUUGUUCACGUCUAAACCUUAAUAAAGUCUCUUAUUUGCUAUUUUUCAUUGUUGGAUUAUCCAUUGGAUUCACUGGCAGUUUUUACGUGAAGGGUUUCUCAUUAUAUCUAAAAUCAACCUUCUCUUAUUCUUUCUUACCCGCCACCUUUGAUCCCCUAUUUCUCCAACCAACAUCUUCGCCAAAAUCUCCAUUGCAGCAAUUACAACCGACGCUUAAUGCUCCUCCAACGAUGAUCAUCGAGAAGGAAAAUGUAAUGCAUAGUAUGGAAGACAAGGAGCUAUUCUUGAGAGCAUCGUCAUUACCGAAGAUUGAUCAUAAGUUUGGGGUUGGUAAGGUUGCUUUUAUGUAUUUGACAAGGGGACCAUUACCUUUUAGUCCAUUGUGGGAAAAAUUCUUUAGAGGGAAUGAAGGGAUGUAUUCCAUUUAUGUCCAUCCCGAUCCUUCAUAUAAUGAAUCAAUCACACAAGGGAAUGUGUUUUUUGGAACAAGGGUUCCUAGCCAGGAAGUGGAAUGGGGAAAACCAACUAUGGUGGAUGCCGAACGACGCCUAUUGGCAAAUGCCCUUCUUGACUUCUCCAACCAAAGGUUCAUAUUGCUCUCUGAGUCAUGUAUUCCUUUGUUCAACUUUACAACUGUCUACAACCACCUCAUGAACUCCAGCCAAAGCUUUGUUUCCUCGUACGAUGAUCCUAGGAAGAGUGGACGUGGCAGAUACAAUCCUCUAAUGUCGCCAAACAUAACCAUCUCCCAGUGGCGUAAAGGGUCCCAAUGGUUCGAGAUUAGUCGCGAUCUAGCCAUGAAGAUUGUAAGCGAUCAAAAAUAUUACCCAAUUUUUCAUCAACAUUGUAGCCCUCCAUGUUACAUGGACGAGCAUUACAUCCCCACACUCUUGAACAUUCUUUGCCCCGAGAAUAACUCAAAUAGGACAAUUACAUGGGUCGAUUGGUCCAAACCGGCUCCACACCCAGGGAGAUUCGAUAGACAGUCUAUCUCGGAAGAGCUUUUGAAUCGGAUAAGAUUUGGAACCAAUUGUAGUUACAAUGGAAAUAAUAUGACAUUGUGUUUCCUAUUUGCUAGGAAGUUUAUGCCAAAUGCAUUGCAGCCUUUGAUGCAACUUGGUUUAGUUUAGGAUUUUUUUAUUACUUUUUGUGUUAUCAUGCUGUUUGAGUUUCCAUUCAAGAUAAACUAUUGAGAAUCUUUAACAUAACACUAGUCACAGCAUCAUUUUCAAUGGCUUAUUCUAACUUGGUUUAUAAGUUGAAUGUCAUGAAGUUUUC